UUCACAAUUCAAAUAUCACGGUAAUAUUUAAGAUGUCUUCAAAAUCAGACAUUAGGAAGGUAUUUUAUAUAGUGCUUAUUAUUAUUCUGUGUGGAUUAAUUCUUCAAUUAUUCUGGAUGAAAUUCCGUUCAAUUACCAAGUUUCAGAAGCUACAAUUGCGAUCCGACAUCGGCGGACUGCCAAUUAUCUCUGAAGCAGAAAAAUGGAAUAUGUUGAAGAUAGCCGAACAACGGAAUACACAUUUAAGAACGUACUGCUAUAAACUUGGAUAUGGGUAUUCUGGCAAUAGAACUUUGAAUGCAUCGACAUGGAUGAAUAAAACGGGGGUAUUAAUUCCUCGUUUCUACUACUCAGAUAAACUCAAGGUGAUACUGUGUGAAGUUCCUAAAUGCGGAAGCACAGAAUGGAGAAAAACAUUGCUUAUCGCGGAAGGAAUUGUGAAUGUAACUUCCUUGAGUGAAAUUGAACAGUAUCACCUUUGGAAGGGAUUAAACUCUUUUAUUUUACUUCGCGAAAAACGUAAGAGAACCAUUGGAGCGUGUUGUAUCUGCUUACAUCGAUAAAAUAUUACCUGAGGGAUCGGUAACGGAAUAUUAUAUAACAUUAUCGGAAAAAAUACAUGCAGAAUUUGCUAAAAGCAAAAACACGGAAUAUUUCCAACCUGGUAGAGCUAGCUUUGAAGAAUUUGUCGACAGUAUAUUGAGCAAUCCAAAGCAAGUUGAUGCCCAUUGGAGAUCGUAUAGUGAUAUAUGUGAUCCUUGUCAUAUUCAAUAUGAUUACAUUGCUAAAUUAGAGACAAUUGCACUGGAUUCUGAAUAUCUUGGAAAGAAAUUGGGAAUAAAUAACAAUCUACUUUUUAAAGGUGAGUAUUCACCGGUGAAUG